GUGCAUUCAGUGGCGCUCCACAGGCCCUAGUGCGAGCACCACAAUGGUUUCCGCUCGCAGCAAGAAGAUUGUGAAGGAGAGGGGGCAGGAGCCCGAUGAGUUCGAGGAGCAGGUGGCCCAGGCUCUGUUUGACCUGGAGGCUACCAACGCGGAGCUGAAGAGCGACCUGCGCGACCUCUACAUCACCUCUGCCAAGGAGGUCGAUGUCGCCAACGGUGCCAGGAAGGCCAUCAUCAUCCACGUGCCCUACCGCCUGCUGAAGGCUUUCCACAAGAUUCAGCAGCGCCUGGUGCGCGAGCUGGAGAAGAAGUUCAGCGGCCGGGACGUGGUUAUUGUCGGCACCCGCCGCAUUCUGCCGCCCCCUCGCAACGGCAAGACCAACGCGCGCCCCCGCAGCCGCACCCUCACCGCGGUGCACGACGCCGUGCUGGACGACCUCGUGUACCCGACGGAGAUCGUCGGCAAGCGCAUUCGCUACCGGCUGGACGGCUCUAAGGUCCUCAAGGUGCACCUGGACCCCAAGGACCGCAACACCACCGAGUACAAGCUGGAGACGUUCGCCAGCGUCUACAAGCGCCUCACAGGCAAGGACGUGAGCUUCGAGUUCCCGGUUGCCGAGUCCUCGUAAGCGUUAGGGUGUGGCGAUGCCCUGCGGAGGAGUCACAUCUGUAACGUACCAGUCCGGGAGUGCUCAGGACUAGCCAGCAUCCCUCCAUUGCCUAAGCCAGUGGCAU